AUGGCGAGCCAUUCGAUCCCCGAAACCCCACGUGUGAAGCUGAACGACAAUGUGUCUAUCCCAGUUCUUGCCUACGGCACCGGUACAGCUUGGUACAAGAAGGGUGGGGACGAUUCAGUCAACCGCGAAUUAGUCGAAGCGAUCAAGACCGCAAUCCGACUGGGAUACCGCCACCUGGAUGGCGCCGAAGUCUACGGCACCGAAGCCGAGCUGGGUGUAGCAAUUAAGGAGAGCGGAAUUCCACGCGAAGAACUCUUCGUGACAACUAAGGUGAUUACAAACAUUGCAGAUAUCCCAAGUGCCAUCGACCAGAGUUUGCGCAAGCUUCAACUCGCAUACGUGGACUUGUAA